UCCUUCCUUGCUGGUUGCGCUGCCCUCGCUCGCUCUUGGUCUCUCUCUCCGCCCCUUCGUUUGCAACGCAAGGAUUAUUUUUCAAAAAAAAACAAGCGAACUCAGCGUUUUAAAUCGGCAGUUGUCCCCCGUCCCCUCUAUAGUCCUCGGGUUAUUGUGACUACCUCCAUCUUUAUAAUUUGCAUUUUCUCCCUUUUCCUGUCACAUUUCCAAUUUCCUUGUAUUAGUAUUUUGGCGUGCAAAUUUGCUUCUACUUUAGGGUUUUUUACCUUGCUACUUCAAACCUACUUUAUGAACAACUGGUGCGAUACUCACAUGGUUAAGGGCUUCUCGUUGCAAGAAAUCAGUGAAGAAGGCGGAAGGUUGGUUGUGUCACAUUUUACCGCGUUGACGUUCUCCAUCGCCGAACGACAUGGCUGGUCGAGGCGGGAACUUCAUUGCUAGAGUGAUGCAAUAUGUCGUUAACGAGCUUCUCGUGGAUCGACUUGCCAAUAAUCAAUCGUUUCAGAGGUUUGCAGUAAGAUCUUCUAAAGCUAUCGAGGAAAUGGCUCAAAAAGGAGUUCAAACAAAGGAGGAGCUGACGAAACAGCUAAAGAGUUACUCGGAACAGUUUGGACAAGAGAUUGAGAAGCAAUUGAAGGAUCCAAACAAAAAGUGAUAGACCAGUCCAAGAUUUAUUUUUCGAAGUACCAUCUUCAAAGCAUUUCUCUCUUUUGUACCAGCAGCCAUACUUCGUUUGAUCCGAUUUUCUUACAGAAAUGACUCCUCUCAAGUACGUCUGCUUAUUAUCAGCAGUGCUCUCUCGAUGUUAUUGCUAGGUUCUUUUUCUUUUUAAGGGUUUCUAUGUCAGACCAAAGAUCGAAGCACUUAAUGCUUGAUAACAAAAUUCUAAUGUUUCUGGUGCAUUUGCAAAAUGAUGUACCUGACAAGAUGAACCAUUUCUGUAUCAUAGUAAGGAAUAAAGCAAGCUCCACUAGUUUGCUGGUUAUGACUUUUAA